AUGAAACUAACAAUAGCUUUUAAUAUCCUGGUAAUAAAAGUAUUACUAAAAGUUUGCGAGGCAAUACUUUGGGAAUCACGUAAGAAGAAGGCUCAGGAACCACCUAAAAGGUCUCUUGGAGACUAUUCCGAAGAGAACCUCAGAGAAUUUCUAGAUGAUAAAAGAAAACAUAAAUUAUACAAUAAACGAUAUCUGCCACACCAUAAACAAAAUGGAAGACGAGAUUCCGCCAGUUUUUUGGAACGCGGAUCAAAGGGUAAAAAUGACAAGGAAAUGGCCCGAAUGCGCCAAAAAUUAGCUAAAAAUAGAUUUAAACAAAACCUGCCCAUUUAUUCUGAUCGUCAAUCGGACCGUGUUCACAAUGAAUUCUCCAAUAAUACCAAAGAUUACAAUAUUGAUGGAAAAAUCUUGGGCCGUCCUAUUCACUAUGAGAAACAUUAUGAUGACAAGAAAAAUGAUUACCAUGAUGAUGAGGACAUAGAUGAGGAAUAUGAUGAGGAGGAGGAAAAGGAAGAUGAAUUUAACGAGGACUUUGACAAUUAUGUGAUAGAGGACGACGAAGAUUACGAAGAUUACGACGAUUACGACGAUUACGAGGGGUACGAGGAUGAGAUUCGCAGACGCAAAACACGCAGAGGCAGACCUCACACCAGAUCUUACAUUCAACUCAGUGAUCGCGAUCAAUCAUACGAAUCCAUUCCACGACCUAGAAAAAGUACCAGAGGUGGAGGAUUAUUAAAUACUAUUAUGUCUACUCCUGUUCGACGACACAAAAACCCAAUCCAUCAAUCAAAUGUAUCUGAUGAUGAUAUAUCUCAUUUGACGGAAGAAGAACUCACUCAGGAUGAUCUCCAGAAAACUCACCCAGAACUAGAAAAUCCAGAAAUUUAUAACCUUUUCCCCGCUGAUGAUGAUGAGGAGGAUGAAAGUAUUAAAAUACCUGGACGCGAUGGACCUGGACCUAAAGCUCAAGAUUUUUCUGAGUCAGUGACUAAAAAAUUGGAAGAUAAACAUAAACAAAAGCAACAGGACCAUAGGCGUCGCAACGACGAUGACGAUGAGGAUGACUAUAGUCCUAUAGAGCCCCCAAAAAAUAACCGUAAACAUCGGACUGACGAUGAGGAUGACUAUAGUCCUGUAGAGCCCCAAAAAAAUAACCAUAAACAUCGGACUGAAGAUGAAGAUGACUAUAGUCCUGUGGAACACCAUAGAAAUAGCCCCCUCCAUCCUAACCAUCCCGAUCAUCCUAAAAACCGCAAAGCAAACAACCCAAAUAACCCUAACCAACAAAAACCACCCCUACAUCCUAACCAUCCCGAUCAUCCUAACAACCGCAAAGCAAACAACCCAAAUAACCCUAACCAACAAAAACCACCCCUACAUCCUAACCAUCCCGAUCAUCCUAACAACCACAGACCGAAUAACCCGAAUAGGCCUGGAAUAGGUAAUAAUAAUGGAAGGCAUGAUGAACCAGAUCCUACAGCUAUAGAUCAAAAACCAUUACGUAGAAAGAAGUUUAAAGACAAGUGGACUGAAGAUAUGGGUUCUAUUAACGUAAAUGUAGACACGGAACCAUUAAAGAAGAUGAAGGGGCUGACUGGAGAUUAUGAUGAUGAGAUUCCAGAUGUUGAAGGGAAUUUAAAUCGUAAUUCUGAACACACACAUGAAAUUGAAGGUGAAACUGCAAAAAGAGUAACAACCCGAAUUGAUCCUAGAGAUCCACAAAUGGACUGGAACAACUCAGGUCUCGCAGCUUCGAUGCGUUACUUGGGCUCAGGCUAUGAUAUCAUCUUUGGAAAUCCACUUGGAGACCCCGUCGUCAUGAUGGACCAAGGUUACAGAAACCCAGUUAUCAGACUCAAUUGGGAAGACGAAUAUCUUAAUAAAGAUGGUGCUAACUUGAAAGAACCUCGUGGCUCGUGGAUCAGACCCGAAUAUUCAUGCAGACAAUCUGAAACGAUUGAUCAUGUGAAUACUGUGGAUGAUUUUAAGAAGGAGUUGUCAGUGGAUGCUCAGGCAUCUUAUGGAAUUCCAUAUUUCUUUUCAUUUUCUGCUUCUACCGGUUACAAGAACUUUGUAAAAUCAACUGCAACUAACAAAGUGCGUACAUACAUAACAAAGACAUAUUGUCUGAGGUAUGUUGGAGGAAUUGUGGAUUAUCAUUCUCUGGACACUACUGAUGAGUUCAAGAAAGCAGUUGAAGCUCUCCCAGAUAAGUUUGACUCUCAUAGUUGUACUAUUGAGACUUUUAAGUCAAAUGAAGAUGAUUCAAUAUGUGCCGAGACUGUUUUGCCUUGGAUGCAAUUUAUAAAGAUGUUUGGUACCCACUUUACUACGAUUGUACACUUGGGAGGAAAAAUUACACACCAAGUGCAAAUCGACAAAUCUGAUGUUUUGCACAUGCAACAAAAUGGAAUCAAUGUUGACGCGGCUGUAAAGGCUUCAAUUUCACCGGUCAUGGUAGACUCACUUCAAGGCGGAUUCGCAUCAACAUCUGAAAAGGCCUCACUUUCACAAUCAAACAAUCUCAAAUAUGAUAAACAAGUGUUAGUAAUUGGUGGAGACGGAUUAGUUGAUAGUAAGAAUGCUAAUAGCCUAAAUAAUUGGGCUAAAGAAUUAUAUAAGAGGCCUAUGCCCAUUAAGAUUAAGUUGGAAUCGAUCAAGUCACUUUUGGGUAAAAAAAGGGAAUUAUUCGAUGAAGCUUUAAAGUUUUAUUCUGAAACCUAUGGUGUUUCUCCUGAUGAGAUUUAUAAAAAAUUCGGAAAGGAAUUUGGAAUCGCUUCUGUGAUUGAGAAGGGACAUCAAAUAGUAUAUAGUGGAAACAAGAGUGGGAGUGCAAUAUGUCCUAAUAAGACAGUGAUAAUAAUGGGAUUCUCAUUGUCAAUUCUAAAGAAGAAGAACAUAGUUGGUAAAAACGAGUUCACACUUCAUAUAACACAAUGUCCAGUUGGAGAGGAAAAAUGUAUAGUUUCAAGUGAUAAUCCAAUGUCUGAAUCAAGAAUUUGGGCGGUCUGUGGCGAAGAUACCAUUCCCCUACUCAAUCAACAAACUUCUUCAGAAAUAGACGAACCAGCAACUGCAACAUGUCCAGUUGGUUAUUCAAUAGCAUAUGGAUUUGCAUUAUCGGUACCCAAAGGGAACGUAGCAUUGAAUACGGAUUCGUAUGCCUGCAGGUCAGGAACUCAGUCGUGUACUCAUGAGUCGACUGACAAAACAGCUACGAAUGCUGUUUGGAUCGCAUGUGUAGAGAAUGGAGCACCACAACUUUCGGAAAUAUCGAAUCACGUUGUGAGUACGAGUAGUCGUCAUUGUUCCAAAAAAACUAAAGAUAAUGCAUAUGAUGAUAACUCUUGUCCAAUCAACUCAAAACUUAUUGCAGGAUGGUCACUGGACUUUUCUGAGGGUGACGAAAACUUUAACAAAAUCGACAAAUGCUCAAAGGGCACAUUUGGUUGCAAAGUCGACCAAUUGAUGAAAACUGAAAAUAAAUGCAGAUCACACUAUUCUUGGAUCUCUUGUCUACAUGAACAAAAGGCUGAUUCUCUCUAAUCUCAUAACUUCUUAUA